AUGCAGGCUUUUCAAGAGGCAAUAGAUGACUGUGAAUUGCAUGACAUGGGGUAUAUUGGUGAUCCCUUCACAUGGCAUAGAGGCAGAAUACGUGAAAGACUAGACAGGGGACUAGCCAAUGAUGGCUGGUCGGUCUUGUUCCCUGAUGCAGCCUUACAAAAUUUGGAAUAUAAUCACUCUGAUCAUCGGCCCCUAUGUGUGGAUACAGACUAUUUUUCUCACAAUCAGAUGGGAGGAAAUAAUGCACAGGUCAAGCGUUUUGAGGCAAGAUGGUUGAGGGAAGAAAGCUUUAAUGAUACUGUUCUUGAUGCUUGGACAAAUGUAGGUGCUGAUCCUAAUGCUACAA